CCAGGAGCGAGCAGUGUUUGCUGGGAGGACAUCACAGCGGCAUUGCGAUGAUCGCAGAGAUUGCUUUGGAUCUGUGGAGGGAGCACUGAAGAUACAUAAUCUGCACAGGAUCAGAAACUGGUUACAUAUGCUGCCAGGUCUGUGUGUGGAAUGUUGGCAGAAUGAGCAGCACAUUUGUUACAUUAGCUGAGGUGCUGGAGGCUCGAGGGGGGCCUCUGCUGGAGGAGGAGGUCUGGUCCCUGCUGUUGGGUGCUGCAGAGUGUUUAAUGGACGUCUCUUAUAAGGGUCACAACAAUAUGUGCAGCAUCAUCAGUCCCACCUCCUUGCUGUUGUCAGCCACUGGCACUUUAGCUUUUAAGAACUGCGGCCUAUCAGAUGAGGUAUCUGCGUUUGCUGCUCCAGAGAUGCUGCAGGACCGUGCUGGCUCAACCAAACCUGCCACUGAUAGGAUGCUGGUAUAUUCGCUGGGAAUGACUCUCUACUGGUCGGUUGAUUUUCAGCUACCUCAAAAUCAGCCAGUCCAGUUGAGUGACCAUCUAAACAGCAUCCUCCUAAGCAUGUGUGAGGACCUGGCCCACCGCAGGGUAAACCUUACCUCCAUUCUGGAGGCUUGUGAAUCCCAGCACAAGGCCUCCAACCUGCUGCCGCCCACCAAAGUCGUUCGACAGCUUGUGGAGGAGGUUUUUCAUGAAUCGAUGGAUGGUUCUCUGCCAGACAGCAACAUUCCUCUGAGCGGCAGGAGCCAGAUGAUCAGAGAGAGACUUCAUAGAAAGAGAGGGCCAUUAUCAGACUUCAGUGAAGGAAGUGCUGAAGGGCGGAGAUAUUCAACGGACUCUGACUCAAAGUCAGGGAGUUUAUCUCAAAGACCUUGGAGACAAAGACCAAGAAGCUCUCCCACUCUGUUGUACCAGUCUUCAUUAGACAGGCUCCCUCGGAGGAUGGGCCGCAGGGACAGCAACUGCAGCUGGAUUGGUAGGAGCCCCCACCACGAUUUAUCUCCAAAGGCAGGCAGAUCUCACAGUCCUUCCAUUACCUUCAGCGAGUCCUCACUCAGCCUAAGCCAGAGAAAAGCUAAGGCACUGGGUCCAGAGUUUAUAAGAAUGCCAGAUGAGCAGCAAAUUCUUCUUGAGCUUCCAGGAUCUAUUGUGUCCAAAAAGGGCCAUUCGAGUUCGUCUCAGCGAGAAGUGACUGUAGUGCUGCCUAACGGACAGUACGUGGUUGUUCGCUGUGACAUUAAAUCCAGGGCAAGAGAUGUGUUUGACAUGGUGGUGGCUCACGCAAACUUGGUGGAGCACUUUUACUUUGGUGUUUCCUUCCUAGAUGAUGAUGAAUAUUUCUUUUUGGAUCACGAGACAAAAAUCUCCAAGGUUGCACCCGACAGCUGGAAAAAAGGGCAGAUAUCUUCCUUUUUUGUGUUUCUUCGAGUCAAAUUUUUUGUUGAUGAUAUUGCCUUCAUUCUGCACAGACUGACUCGUCACCAGUAUUACUUACAGCUGCGUAAAGAUAUCUUAGAGGACAGGCUUUACUGUAACGAGGAGACAGGCUUGUUCCUGGCUGCUCUUGCUCUGCAGGCUGAGUUUGGUGACUAUAUGCCAGAGUUGUAUGGUAAAGACUAUUAUCAGCCUGAACAUUAUGUAUCCAAGAGGAUGCUGGAGAAGCUCGCUGUACCCAUUAUCAGAGAGGAGUUGCCAAGACUACAUGCAAGUCAUUCUCAUUUGCUGCCAGCGGAGGCAGAAACAGAGUACCUGAAGAUUGUCCAACAGUUGCCAGAGUAUGGAGUUAUGUUCCACCGCGUGGGAAGAGAGAAAAGGCCGGUGAUAGGAGAGUUAGUUCUGGGAGUGUGCGCCAAAGGAAUCAUAGUUUAUGAGACAAAGAACCACCUGCGAACUGUCACCAGACGCUUCUUGUGGAGGGAAACAGACUCCAUAUCCACUGGGCGUCGCAAGCUGAUCAUAGAGUGCGGUGGACCCAGCGGGAAAAAGCACAUCUUUGUAACAGAAACCUCUAAAAUCGCACAGUACCUCCUGAACCUCUGCUCAGCACAGCACAAAUUUCACAGCGAGAUGACAUCUCGACAGCUCAACCACACAAUGAUACCUGAUGAAAACAUAUCUGCCUACCGGGCUCGUAAUAUGAGCCUGAAGCGGAUAUCUUGCUCAGAGGGCAUGCUGAACCAUGUAGGUUUGACAUCUGGCCAGGCUGACUCCAUCUCCAAGUCCUGUGAUGAUCUUACUGCCAAGCUGGAAGCUCGUCUGCGCCAGCAGAGAGAAAUGAGGAGGGAGAUGAGUAGAGAGCUGAACAAGGAACUGCCUGGAACGAGAGACCUCAGGGAUGUGAAAGAGCAACAGUGUUGGAGCUCUCCAGGGACCAUUCCCAGAAGGAUGUCCAGUGUCUCACUACAGAAGCAGGACUCUGAUGCCUCAUCUUCUCUAAGAGUUGAUACACCAACACGGACCCCACCUGAGAGAGAGAUAGUUUGUGUGACACUGACGAAAGAUUCCAAACUGGGUUUUGGCUUUGUUAUAGUAGGAGAGGACAACACAGGAAAACUUGACCUCGGGAUCUUCAUUGCUUCCAUUGUGCCUGAUGGUCCUGCAGGCAAGGAUGGACGAAUCAAACCUGGUGGGCGUCUCAUUUCUCUCAACAAGACUAGUUUAGAAGGAGUGACUUUUAGUGACGCCGCUGCCAUCCUUCAGAACAGUCCUGACGAAGUAGAGCUCAUUGUUUCACAGCCUAAAUACUCCCUCAAGGACAGAGAGGGCUCCUUGAGUCAAAGUACCCUUGGUUUGUCAUUAGAGAGGAGUUUUGGGUCACAGACCACCCUGAGUGGCACAGAGUUUCGGCCCCCUAUGGAGGAGCUGGAGGAGGCCAUACUGUUGUCCAGCAUGGCCACUCCAAAACAUAACAGGAAGCUCCACAUUCCUGUUGUUCGAAUACAUGAUGCUCAGGAUGUGUCUCCAAGGUCCCCGUCCAUCUUAAGCCUUAAAACAGGAGAGCGUUUUACUGUGAACAUAAAGAAAAGCGGUGGGAGCCUUGGAAUAAGUGUCACUGGUGGAAUAAACACCAAUGUGCAAUCUGGAGGCAUUUAUAUCAAAAGUUUGGUGCCUGGAGGAGCUGCUGAGCAAGAUGGACGCAUUCAAAUUGGCGACAGACUGCUAGAGGUUGAUGGGUCCAACCUGAGAGGAGUGACUCACCAACAUGCUGUCGAGUGCCUGAAGAGGACUGGGGAGGUGGUGAACCUGCUAUUGGAAAGGGAGCCUACAGUUGUCUUGGAGCACAGACCUGACUCCCCCUGCCUUCCCCUGAUUCACAGUCCAUCAUACACUCAGCUGACCCCCAGGAUAGAGGUCUCCGUGGAAACAACCUUGAGUGAUCGAACCAAGGACUACAGCUUUGUGACGAAUGAAAACACUCAUGAAGUGGUUCUGAAAAAGAGUCUGUCUGGUCUCGGCUUCAGCUUUUACAUCUCACAGCUGCGCUCAGGAGCAGACCGUGGCAGCCUGGUUCGCAUCAAACGCCUGUUCCCGGGUCAGCCAGCUCAACAGAGCGGCCUGCUGCGAGAGGGGGACGUCAUUUUGUCUGUCAACAGAGAGCCUGUGAAAGAUCUCUCCUAUCAGAGAGUUUUAUUCCUGCUACGAGGAGCCCCAUCUGAAGUUCAUCUGCUCAUCUGUCGGCCCCCUCCUGGAGUGUUUUAUGAAGUAGAUGACAACACACUGAGUCCUGUGCUCAUUCGUGGGAUUCGAUCCAGAUCAUUGGACAUCCGGCUCCGAGAGGACUACAGCCAGCACCUUAAGUCUCCAAGUGAUGUCAACGUGCAUGAUCAGCUGGUACCCCCCACCAAGGAAGAGGGUCUGACCAACAGCACAGAGAAAAGCCCAGAUCCUCCUGUAGCUAUACCACCCACAGAAAGCGAGAUUAGUCUGGAGGAUGAUAUGCAGCAGGCCUUCCCUCCUCCUCCAUCUCCUCUUCACACACCUCCCUCCCCAACAUCACCUACAUCUCCUCCGUCACCAGUGUCACCAGCAUCACCCACCUCACCUGCUUCCCCUGUGCCUACCUCUCCACUGAAUCCACCUGAGCCACAACCAGUUGCUGGGAAACAAGGAGAACAGGAGGAAGGAGAUGCUGAAAGGAGGAAAAGGGAAGAAGAAGAGGAAGCUUCAGCAAAACUGAGCUCAGCUUUGAUUCUUAUGGACGUUUAUGCUAAAACUGCCUCUAAACCUGUUUAUUCCAGUGGGGUCAGAGAGGAGACAGAUGGAAGUGUGACUUACUGCCUUAUGGGAAAUGGACUGACUAUCAUGGCCGAUGAAGAGUACCUGACCAUCAGCUCCACCCUAGAGCCCCCUCACAGCCUUCCCUCCAACAGCACACCAACAACCAACAUUGAAGCCCCCAACUUUCAAAAUAAGAACAGUUUUCCAUCUCCAAACCCCACUCUUCAUGUUCCCAGCACCUCCAACAUCACACCCCUCAACUUCUCAUCUGACACACCGACCACUUGCCCCCUCUCCUACCCAUCUGUGCCGCUCACAACGCAGCCCCCAAAAACAAAGCAUCACCUGAUCCAACAGGGGCUUCUUCCAGGCCACUUCAAAGCAGCAUCAAAGAACAUUCGGGCUAUGGUUCCUCCCCCGCAGCCUCCGCCCGUAACGCCAAUCACAGCCCAGAUUAUCCCCUCAGUGCCUCCCUGCGCUGGAGUGCCCACCCCAACGCUGCCUUCCACAGUGCUAACUUGUUCUGCCCAGAUCCAGUCUCAGCUGAGAGAAGAACCAGAGAGGAAGGAAAGGGACUACAAAGAUGAUUUUGAUGAAGAACUGGAUGAAGAGGAGGAAGAGAGUCGAAGGAAGGGCAUGAUUAAAGAGUUUGAGCUCACAGUGGUUCUGACCAAGUCCAGAAGUGGAAGCUUUGGGUUCACCAUCACUCGUAGCAAGCUUGAUAAUUGCUACUACAUACAGGAAAUACUGGACAACCCCGCCAAGGCAGAUGGACGACUCAGGGCCGGGGACAGGCUUAUCACGGUAAAUGGGCAUUAUGUCACCAGUGUGGCAGAUGAUGUCGCCAUGACAAUUCUCAGGUCAUCUCCGAGAAAGCUGAAUAUGACCCUGGGCAGAGCAGUCAGCAACCUCGUAGCUCCACCUCCCUGUGACAGUCUGCCUGACAUCGUUCUCCACAAGACCCCUUCAGGACAACUGGGAAUAAAGCUGACAGGUGGCGUUGGCAGCAAAUGGCAGGGCAUCUACUGCUUGGAGGUGGUGCCCGGCUCUCCAGCCAGCGAGGAGGGCAGCGUCAAGCCCAAUGACAAGAUUCUGUACAUCUGUGGCAGGUGCACCCUGGGAAUGACUUUAGAGGAUGCAGUCAAAGCCUGCGAGAUUGCCCCUCGUAAGGUCAAACUCAAAAUUAUCCGGGAAGACCAGCCAGUUACUUCCAAAGCUAAGUGGAACGGCCUGUUUGACUGGAAAAAGGACAAGAAGUUCUUUGCCCGUUUUGAUGAAACUGUCUCUCCUGAGAGAGAGUUUGCUGUUGAAGAUACUGAAGCUGUGCGUAGGACUGCAGAGAAGUUGAGAUGUCGCUCUCUCACCCAAGGACAGGAUAGUUGCAUCAUGCAAGUGGAGUUCAAGAAACCUGAAGGCGGAGGUCUCGGCUUCGCUUUGGUCGGGGGAACCAACGGCAGCAUGCUCAGAGUUAGAGAAAUUUGCUCUGGUGGAGUAGCUGAGCAGGACGGCCGGCUGAAAGUUGGGGACAUUGUUUUAGAGGUAAACGGUGUGAUCGUGUCUGGGCUGAGCUACAGUAAGGUGGUAGAUAUUCUGCGGAAAGCUGAGGGCACAGUGCAGCUCACUAUUUGCAGAGACAUCCUGCCUUUAACCUACUCUGAGUCACCUACUCCACCAAACAUGUCUGCCCACAAUGAGGCUAUUUUAGCAGAGCAUCCGGCUCAUGUGUCCAACUCUGAUAUCUCAGCACCUGAAGACUUGCAGGAUAGGCAAGCUGAGCACCCAGCUGCAUCUUUAGACCCUGUGGUUAAUGAAACUGAAGUUAUCCUCACAUCACCGCCUCCCCCACCACACAGAGUUAUUGAUAUGAGGGACGAGACUUCAGUUGAGGAGGAGAGUUGUAACAACACCCCUUCUCAUCAAGCUUGCUGCCCAUCCCUCAGUGUCACUGAAAUGUUGCAUGGAGCAUCUGACAGGAGACAAAUUGUAACCAAACUAUUGGACCAGUCUUGCAAGGAUAUUCGAAAAACCCAGUCAGAUGGCUGGAGCAGCGAUGAAGAUGAUGUGUUUGAUGCAGCUAAUCAGGACGUUUCCUCGCCACAAACGGGUCCGACGUUGGUAUCACAGGAGGAACUGGCCAGUCUGGCGCUUAUUACCCCUUCCAGUACCAGCCAGUACUCCGGCUCCAGAGUCAAAGCUCUCAUAACAAUUCUGCAGCAUCAACUGGACCAGCAGGAACUGGUCAAAGAGUUCAUGACUCUGGAGCAUUUGAAACCUUCUGACAACUGCUUGGUUGGAAAAGCACCUGAGAACAGAGACAAGAACCGUUACAGAGACAUCUUACCCUAUGAUAAAACACGAGUAGCCAUUGGAGAGAACCAGGAGUACAUCAAUGCGAGCUACAUCCGCAUGCAGGUCGGAGCAGAUGAGUUUUUCUAUAUCUCCUGCCAGGGCCCUUUGCCUUCCACAGUGCAGGCCUUUUGGCAAAUGAUCUGGGAAAACAAGGCAGACAUAAUCGCCAUGAUGACACAGGAGGUUGAACGGGGAAGGAUCAAAUGUCACAAGUAUUGGCCGGAGAAGCAGAGCACGCUUUUGACCACUGGCAGGUACCAGCUGCAUCUUGAGAAUCAGCAGUUCCUGGAAUACUUCCAUAUAAAAGUCAUCCGGAUGGUGGAAAAGGAGACUGGUGAGACACACUUUGUUCACCACCUGAAGUUCACACACUGGCCGGACCAUGGUGUGCCACAUAGCUCCGAGCAGCUGGUUCGGUUCAUCCGCUACAUGAGAGCGGUGCACCAUAAGGGGCCAAUCACCGUUCACUGCAGUGCUGGCAUCGGACGGACCGGAGUUCUCAUCUGCACCGACAUUAUCCUCCACCUCAUUGAGAAUGACUUGCCUAUUAAUGUAAGUGACAUUGUAAAGGAGAUGAGGCUACAGCGGCACGGGAUGAUUCAGACCAAGGAGCAGUACCUUUUCUGCUACAAAGUCUGGUUGGAGGUUUUACAGGGAAUUCUACAGCUUCAAGGAAAUCAGUGGCAACCAGAAAGUCCCAGAGACCACAAAAUCGUUUGAAUGUUUCCCCCCAGCUCAGAAACAUGCAUCUAUGAAGCAAAGGCUGUGUGUGAACGGUCACAGCAGACUAAUUCACAAGUGGUACUUUAGUGGUUGUUCCCUUUAGUUUACUAUAAAAUCUGGUUGUGUAAUGUCCAUUUUCUUACAAAAUGUUAUUUAUUAUUAUAUUUUUUUUCUGUGUGUGUUUUCAUGGUGCUUUGAUGAGAUCAGCUUAUCAGUUGCCUUCUACUAUGUGUAUCUUAGGUUUUUUUUUAUUUUUGUUGCAUGAAAAGGAACGUCUGGUAUUCUUCAGAUCUCCCAUCUACCAGUAAUAUCAUCCAACUUUUAGACCUUCACAUGUUUUAUUGAUGCAUUAGUGAAAAGUAUAAAGCGACAUGUUACAAUGUUAUUUAAGUGCAUUUGUACCCUGGAGAAGGGUGUGAAUGUUGAACAAAAUCUAUUGUUUUUCACUUCAUUGUGAAUGAGGACAUGAAAAGAAUCAAGUGCCUUGGAGAGACACACCACACUUGCUUUACAAUAAACCCAUGCCACUUGUUAUAAGUGACCAGGGGGCAAAAGGCGAGAAACUGAACACAGCACCUGUGGUUAGAGCGAAUGUAAAGUUUUCAGCCUGUUCCGGGUCUGAGAUGAACAUUUUGUCAAUUCAUACUGGAGGAGGAUUAUGUCUCAUCUUUUGGCUCAUAGUUUAACUUUGAAGCAGUGAGAUGUUCACACACCGCCUAUUCUUAGUUUGUCUGUGGUUUUUAAUUUAUACAGAACAUGUUGAAUCACGUUAUCUCAACUUGCAUAUUCUGAUACAGAUAAAGAAUGAUUAAUCGUAACAAAUGUUUCAGUGAAUUCCUAAAACUUUAAAAUGACUUUUACAGAAAUUUGGACGCAUAUCAAAUAAGGUAUCCGGAUUUUUUUUUUUUGUAAAGUGUAGAUUUCACUGUAAUUUAAAUGAUUAGUCAGACUUGUUAAGUUAUUACAUCCUUUAUCUGUAUUCAACAGCUAUUUUAAUACAAACUCAGCCAAAAAUGCAAAAAAUAUUAUGAGGUUUACAAACUUUACAUUUUGCCACUUUAGAUGUUGUACGGAGCAACACAACUUACACCUCCGAGUCAGAGAUCAAAGACGAUUCAUGGCGGCUGGUUUAAACUUCAACCUCAGAUGUCACUGCUUAUGAGCUUUGUUCAUUCAGCUGCUAACCAACACACACCAGCUCCUUAUUGCAUGCAGACUCAAGAAGUACAGAUGUGCUAGCCUGCAGGUGACUGAAUGACUUGAAAAUGAUUAAAAUAUGGAAUGUAAAAAUGCAACUCCUUCCAAAAGGAAGGAUCAUUACGAAUGUUGUUUUCCUACGUUGAAAACAUCUUCCAAAGUGUUUGGAGCAUGCUGGGAUGCCACGCAGAUCACUUUACUUUUGCCAUGUGAGUGGCCAUGCAGAGCAAUCAAUGUCUUUAAUGCACCUACAGUGAAUUCCAAACAUAAGUAUUCCCUUUGAUCUCUUUCACAUUUUGUCACAUUACAACCACAAACUUCGUUGUAUUUUAUUGGAAGUUGAUGAUAGAGCAACACAAAGUAGUGCAUAACUGUGAAGUGGAAGGAAAAUGAUGCAUGGUUUUAUUUUAUUUUUUCACAAAUAAAUAUUUUGGAAGUUUGGCAUGCAUUUGCAUGCAACCCCCUUGAGUCAAUAUUUUGUCUAAACCAUUCCAAUAUAGCUCCGCUGUUUGUUUUGGGGUGUCUGUCCUGCUGGAAGGUGAACAUUCACUCCAGACUAAAGGUCUUUAGCAGCUCAUGACAGGCUAUUUUCCUGAAUUGUCCUGAAUUAGCUCCAUUCAUCAUCCAGUUAAAUCUGUCCCGAUCCUCUGCCCUUGCUGAAGAAAAGCAUGCCCACAGCAUGAUGCUUCCACCCCAAUGGUUCACCUUGGUGGUGCGCUCAGGGGGAUGUGCGUAUCGUUUUGCAUGUAGGCCACAAAGUUCAAUAUUGGUUUCAACUGAGCUCCCUUCUUCCAAAAGUCUCUUGGAGAUUGGGGCAAAUUCUUCUUUUGUUCAACGAUGGCUCUCUUCAUGCAACUUCCUCUGUUUUUACCAUAAAGGCCAGAUUUGUGGAGUGCACAACAAACAUCCUUUCAAGAGAUACGCUCAACUGAGAUGCGGAGCUCUUUAGCUCCUCCAGAGUUUGCUAAUUCUGUGAUUAUAGCUCUCUUUGCCAGUCCUGUCAGUUUAGGUGGACAGCCAUGUCUUGGUAGGUUUGCAGUUGUGCCAUAUUCUUUCCAUCUUUGGAUCAUAGAUUGAACAGAGUUUGGGAUAUUGUUUUAUAACCUAACACUUUAAACCGCUCCACAGGUUUGUCCCUGAACUGUCCCUGAUGUGUUCCUUGAACUUUGUGUUUAUAUUUGUUCUCUAAUGUUCUCUGACAAACCUCUGAGGCUUUCACAGAACACACUGAGAGUAGAUUACAUAGAGGUGGACUUUAUUUACUCUUACUGUGACCUCUGAAUGUAUUUGGUUGCACUGGAUUUUAUUUAGUAGUUUCAGAGUAAAAGUAAUGUAUGCCACACUUUUGCGAUUUUUAUUUGUAGAAGAUUUUGAAAGCCAAUAUUUAAUUCUACUUCCACAUAAUCACUACGUUGUUUUGGUCUAUUAGAUGUUUUAGAACUUUUCACAUUUUGUGAAAGGGUUCAAGGGGUGUUAAAAAUUUCCCAGGGCAAUGUACAACUCAAGUUAUGUGCAAGUUCUCUGUGAGAUCCUAGUAGUAUGUUUUCUGCCCCACAUCUUGGAAAGAAUAAGCAAAAGCACAUUUUGCAUUCAUAUGGGAAAGUGCAUCUUGUACAGUCUAGCAAGUGCUUAUGCUAAGGCAUUGUGAAAUGUGAUAAUUAAUUGUACAACUACUUAUUUAUGCUAACUUAAAAUCUUGUUACACUACCAGCCACUAUGUAACCAAUAACUGCGAACAAUGUAAUACCUCUCUCUUUAAUUAAAAGCUAUUCUGAAACUUA